UGCAAAAUAUAAGUAAUAAAAUUCUUGUAUGUCCAAUUAGUUAUAAAAACUUUCUUCUCAUGCUGCCAUCCAUGCAUGCUUAUUAUAGACUUUGGUACGACUGUAACCUAAUUAAUUUAACUAGACAAAAUUGUCCAAAUUCAACAAAUUAAAGCAACCUUAUCUUCUAAUGAAGAGACAACUUUUCAUUCUCGCUCUAUUCUUAGGUAGCUCAACAUUUCAGGUUAUAUUCUUCCUCUAAACACCCUAAUUUUAUUAUCUUACUAUACGUGAAUCUCGUGUUUACAAAAAAAAAAAAAAAUAUAGUUAUAAUUCAGUUUUAUACUUCUAUAUACAAUGUUAGAUUUUUUAACAAUAAAUAAAUUAAUAUAAAAAAAAUAAUAAAUAGAUAAAAGACCAACUUUUUUUCCAUGCAGAAAGCUGAAUUCAUGGCACAUAACAAUGCAAUAAAUCCUACUAAAAAAAGAUGCAUGCAAUCCUUUUUGCAUCUCCACAGAAAUAAAAUGCACACUCAACUUUACAUAUGUUGCAUGAAAAAGACCUUCAACUGCAUGCUUUUGUAGUCACGUAAAUUUUCAAGAAAAAUCUAGACUUUGACACAUACUACUAUUUGGUCCACAAGAUCUUACGUUCAAAUCUCAAGUCCCCUAGAGCUUGUACCCAUAUAAAUAAGCAUUCCAUUUACACUUAUCUUAUUCAUCAGCACUGGAAAAACCCUCAAGCGAAACAAGUAAUUCGUCUGUCUUCCAAACUACUACAACCUUAAACACAAUUACAUAAUUCUCAACCUUAAACUUUCUCAUAUUAGUCAUGGCACCACCACAUGGAGAGGCGGUUCUUUCAUCCUUCCCCAUGCCUACAAGAAACUUCUCAAGACCACCAAAGCUUGCUAAUGACAACCUUAAGAGGACGGUCUCUGACAUUGCUUUCGAGUUAAGCAAGGAGAUGGAUAGGGAGAUAGAAGAAUCACAAGCUCUCCCACCUAUCUCAGAAGCAGAAGAUGCAAAGUGUGAGUGUUGUGGGAUGAGUGAGGAGUACACACCGGAGUACAUAAAGCGUGUACGUGACAACUUUCAAGGUAAGUGGAUAUGUGGGUUGUGCUCUGAGGCUGUAAAGGAAGAAAUGGAGAAAAAUGGAGGGAUGUGUAAGGAAGCCCUAGAAACUCACAUGAGCCAUUGUCAUAGGUUCAAUAAGCUCGGUAGGGCUUAUCCGGUCCUAUGCCAAGCCGAAGCCAUGAGAGAGAUCUUAAAGAAGAGCACUAAGAUUAGAGCCAAGUCUUUAAGCCCUAGAGACCUCAAAGGUGCUCAAAAGAAGGGUGGCAUCACUAGGAGCUCAAGUUGCAUGCCUUCCAUGAUGAAUGACCUUACUAUUGACAACUAACUUAUCAAUUGGCAUGUAUUUGUUUUGCUUUAAUUUACUUUUCAUUAAGCUUUUUAACUUCUAGGGUUGUUUUUGAUGGUUGACAACAUCAGAUUAUUCAUUAUUUUUAACACCUCCUUUUUUUGGUUUUAAGGGGGGUUUAUCUUCUUGGAUUAACAUAAGUUGUGCUAAUGAUGAUCCCACUUUAUUUGUUCUACACCUACACCCUUUUAGGGUUUCUUGAGUGGGUUCAUAAGUAGCAUAUACUAAAUGAGUUGAUGAGUACCAUUAUUAGUUUAAUUUGUCUACUAAUAAUAGUAAUAUGUCUAUGUAAUGAGGCUACCAUCUUGUUUGUUAAGCCAUUGGAGAUGCCAUCUUAGGCCUUUCCUUUCGGCUAAACCGGAUGUCUUCUUGUAAUAUUUUGUAUUAUGAAAAAACUAA